AUGGCUGAGAAUAAGCUGAAAUCUCACCUUGACUGGUUUACCUGGGAAGCAUUAAUACGGCAAAACAUCCCUGAUCAUAUGAUCGGCUCAAUAAAUUCCCACCCCACCAAGCUUGUCCGCACCAAACAAGAGCACGAUGAAAUAAUCAAAGAGUACCUACAAACGAUAGAUUUCCUAACUCCUCCUUAAAAUUGGAACAAAAAAUCCUGUUCCUUUUAUAAGGGAGGUUAUUUUUUUUUAAAAAUAUUUUUUAAUUUUAAUUUAUUUUAAGAAGAAUUAAUUAGUGUAGAACUGUUUAAAUAAUAACUACUUUCGCUUUCAAUUAAAUUAGGUCAAAACUAAUUUUUUAAAAUUAUUAUUUCCAUCAAUAAAUUGUUUUCUAUUGAAAAAAAUAUUUGGUUGUGUUUUAAAGAUACCCAAAAAUAGAAAUUCCCCUAUAUUUUUCCAAUUUAAAGGGGGAGAAGUAAGAAAAGAAAACGACGAGCUCAAAAUGGCUAACCAAGCCAAAGACAUUCAAAUUCAAGACUUAGCUGAAGAAUAUGAGCCUAUGAAAGAAAAUUUGCUGCUUAAAAUAGGCAUGCUAACUGAAAAAUUACAAGAAAAAAAUCCUGAAGAAUGAGAAGAAUGGAGUCAAGAAAUUGACUCAGCAAGAAUAAAGUCAAGAGUCCAAGCAGAAACGUUGAGGAAGCUGGAAUCAAGUUUGAGGGAUUAUAGAAAGAGGAUCGCAGAGCUUGAAAGUCAGCUUGAAGGAGCUGAGGUUAAUAAUAAAGAAAUUAAUGCCAAAAAAGUCGAAGAAAUGCCUGCAAUUCUAGAUAUAGGAGAAAAUAUUAAACUGCAACAGAGGAUUGCUGAGCUUGAAAAGCAAGUAGAGGAUUUGCAGAGCCAUCUGCAGAACGGGCAAAAUCAAAUUGCUACAAUGAUAGCAGAGAGUCCAGCGAAAAUGGCGAAGUUGGUAGAUAUGGCAGAAGCGGUUUUAUUAGAUUCAUAUCAUAAGCUUCAUAUUGAUGAUGAAAAAAUAUCCUUAUUCCUAUUAUAUAAUAUCAUAUAUAUUAUUAAUAAAAAUCAUAUUUUUAUAUUAAAUAAGGUAUUUACUAUAAACAUAUAAUUUUUUUUCUAUGUUAUGAUAUAAAAGAAAACCUUCAAGAACUUCUUGAUAACAGAAAAAGCUUAAGAAUACCUGCAGAGCUUCAAAAUGUCCUUCUAAACCACCAAAUCUAUCUCGAAAAGCAGCUGGACGCCAUGCAAGAGCUAAUAAACUCCUCUGACAGCCUGCAAAACCUUAUAGAAUCCUUUGAAGGCAUCGAAAAAAGCCAAAUAGAAAUUCAACAAUUAUCCCAAUUAAAUUUAGACAAAUUAAAAGCAUUAUUAAACAAGCCAGCACCAGAUAAAAAAUAUCAAAGGAAAAAGACUUAUCUCAGCAUCAGCCAUGCUGAGUCUUCUUCUGCCAGAGAAGGUCUUGAUGUACUAAAAGAUUUAUUAGGAAACAUAAAACGAAACCAAAGGAUGAUUGGUGACUUAGAAAAUGAAAAACAAUAUACCUUUCCUAAUAAGCCUAAUAAGUUUUAUAAUUUCCACAUACAAUACCUAUUUUAUAAUACCAGCAUAUCUUUUAUCAAAUUCCGAUAUAGGCCAGGAACAAGAAAAAGCAGCCCAAAAAGCUGAAGAAGACCUAAGAAAUAUUGCGCAGCUUAUAGGCCAAAAUCUUGUAAAGACAGAUAUGGUAGGUGACACUUUAAUCGACAUUCAGCCUGACAACAAGCUUAAACAAGAAAUGGACAACUAUCAAAAUGGCUUUGAAGCCCUUAUGAAAAAAAUAGAUGAUGUCGGAAAAGCUUCAGUGGACGAUAUCCAUGACCUAUUAAAUUUGCAUUCAUCUUAUGAGUCUGCAAAUAUAGUCCAGGCUUCUAGACUAGUCGGCCGCAAAGAAGAAGAAAUAAUUGAAGACAUUAUUGCUGUAGACCAAUCCUCAAAACAAAGACCAAAUAUGAAUAAAGCUAAAAAAGUCAGGUCAGCAAAGCCUUCUGAAACUUCUCUUGAUAAAAUAAAUAAGCUUUCUAUAUCAAUUUUACAAGAUUCUGGGUCAAUUUUGUAUGAAACUUCACCUGAAGACCCGAUUUUUGAAGAAGCCAAAACACUUUUAGAUAACCCUGAUCCAAAUGUCAAUAAUUCAAUAGUUGAUAAACUUACGAUUUCUUAUGAGAUUAUACAGAAAAUCCAAAAAGAUGCAAAGUCAAGCGUUGAAAAUACAGGGAAAUCAGCACUUUUGAAAGGAUUAAAGCCAUUGAUUUCUAAUACAGAGCAGGAUAUUAAAUUAGCUGAAUUAGUAAAUCAGUUGGAAAAUGGAAAUCCAGAGCAUGUCCAUACUUUUGAAAGCGAAAUAAAAACAAUUGGACAGAAUGCAGAGGCAGGGAAUGAUUUGUCAGGGGUUAUUGAACAAGUUAUUGAUUUAAGUGAAAGGGUUAAUGAAUUUAAUUUGAAAAAAUUGAAGGAGUAUUGUGCAAUUAAAAAUGCAAAACCUGAAGAAAAUAAAACUGAUGAUUUAUUAGGGCUACUAGCUGAUGCUGAAGAACUUUGUAAUGACUCAGUGAGAAAUGCAAUAAAAGAAGCAAAUGCAGCAAUUGCUAUAAGUGACGCUGUUUCAAAGAAAGUUUUGGAAGGAAUUAAAGCUGAAGCGCAAAAUAUAGCUAAUGAGCCAUCACCAACAGCUGCAGAAAAGAUUGAAAAUAUUUGCAAAAAUAACAAGUUGCUAGAUAAAUUAGAAAAAUUAAGAAAAAAGGUAACUUUUCUUAAUUAUUUUAAAAUAAUUAUUUUUCAAAGGAAAAUAUUUAUAAAAUUAAAUAUAUAGAAUUAAUUUUUUGUAUCAUAGAUUAAGAGAAGAAGCUCAAAAACAAUUUAACGCUCUUAAAAGCGAAUUACAAGCAAAAGAAGCAGCAUUAACUGAAGCAAUAAGCAUUGCAGAAGCAAAAUAUAAAGACUAUGAGUCAUCAAUUGCCACUUUGCAAAACAUCAUGAAGGAAAGAGAAAAUAUGGUCAAUAAGCUUGCACAAGAAGUCUCAGAUAAAGAGCUAGAACUGUCAAAAUUAAGAAACCAAAUAAAUGAUAUGACUCAAGCAGCUGAGUCUGCCCAGGAAGAAUAUAGUAGACUUGACGAAGAAAAUUCAGAUAAUAAAAAGAAUAUUAGAACUUUAACUCGUUGAUUUAUUAAAAAACAAAUUAUUAAAUAAUUCUACUAAAUUGAAGAGAUUUGUUUUUUUUAGUACUUAUAUUAAUCUCUACUAUAAAUCAAAACAAAAUUACUAGCAAUAUACAAAAUUUUAAUUAAAUAAUAUUGCAUUAAAAUGUACCAGGAGUAAGAAAACAAAUUAAAGAUAAAGAAGAUGAAAACCAGUCUUUGCAUGACAGAAUUGUAGACCUAGAAAAGCAACUAGCCGGCAAAGGAAACGUUGAUGAAGGCCUCAUAGACCAGCUCCGCAAAGAAAUAAGAGAACUAAAGCAAACAGUCUCCGACAAAAAUCAAGAAAUUGAAGAAAAAACUGUAGAAUGCACCAAAAUCAAGAGAGAUUUCGAAAUCCAUCUCAGCGACUGCAAAACCCAACUUAUCAUCAUCCAAAAACAAAAAGACGAGAUCGGGCAGCUCCAAAUCAAGCUCACAGACCUCGAAGUAAAGCACAAAGAAAACGAAGAACGAUCCCAGCUCAGUGCAGGAAACUCUGUCAAUACUGACAUCCUUAUAAAGCUUAUAGAAGACAAAGAUGCAGUAAUCAACCAACUCCAAAGCCAAAUCAACCCUCUCGUCAAGUACAGAAAAAUGUACUCAUUAAUGAUCAAUGAAAAAGAACAAGACGAAAAAGAAAAAGAAAAACUAGACAUCGAUUUCAGUGAACUUCUAACUCCCCCCCCCCCCUCCGUGAGCGAACAAAAAAAUUUUGUUCGCUCACGGAGGGGGGUUAAUUUUUUUUUUUUAAAAAAAAUUUAUAUAUAAAUUUUAUAAAAAAUAUUUUUUUCGAAAUUUAAAAAAAUCCUAAUUUGCAAAAAUUGGGAAGCAAAUAUUAAUUUUAAUUGCAAAAUUUAUGUUUUAAAACGCAAUUUGUUUAAAAUUAAACAGAAUUAGCUCUAGAUUUCAUUAUACUAAUUAUCACUUAUAUAUCAAAAUUUUUUUCUAUUAAAAUUUUUUCUAUUAAAAAAAUUUUUGUUCACUCACGGAGGGUGGGUUUUUGGUCAAAAAAUGGCGAUUUUUCUAAUGGUUUUGUUCGCUCACGGAGGGGGGGGGGAGUAAGGAGAAUUAGAAUGCUUACACACGAAAAUGAGCAGCUUAAAUAUAAGACCAGAAUGAUUGAAAAAUAUCAAAGAGACUAUUUGAGCAUUGGACAAGAAAAUGCAAGAAUCGCGAAAAAAUUGGAAUAUUAUAAUGAAUUUUUGGAAAAGGAAGGAAAUGCGAAUUUCAAAGAAAUGAGCGAAAAGUUGACGAAUGAGCUGUCUCAGAAGAUGGGGAUGAUUAAUGAGCUGAAAGAAAAACUUGAUGAGCUUACAAAAGAAGUAAAAGCAACUAAAGAGUCUAGAGAAAUUACCUUAAAAAGACAAAUCAUGCUGAGACUUCUACAGUUGGGAAGAAUGGGAACUAUUCUUUAUUAAGCUGAUUUUUUUUUAAAACAAAAAUAAAUAAUUUUUUUCUUAUUUAGCAUAAAAAGAAUAGUUUAAGAUUUUCUCAAUGGAAAGCUGUAACUGAAGAGCCUACUCAAGACCAAAAAGAAGACCCUGCUUUGGUAUCUCAAGUCGUUCAAAUCCCUGCACCUAAGUUUGAAAGAAACUUAGCAGAGCUGUCAACCUCCCAAAUCAAUGGCGAUCUACUUCCUUCUAUUGAAAAAAUCGUUAUAGACGACCGCAAAAAAGAGCUUGAAAAAAAUGAACUCCUUAAUUUCUACAGACAUAAUGCAGUAAAAAUCGAUAAACUUAUGAAUGAUAGCAAUUUGUUUGGGAUAUUUGAAGAUAUGGUUGAUAAUAAAUACGAAUCAGACACCAAAGAUCUCAGCAAUGACAGGCUGCCUAAAGCCAUUCCUGAGUAUUUUAUAGAAUAUUUAAUUAGGUGUUAUGGGAAUAAAAAGAAAACACUGCCAUAUUUAAGCCAAUUUGUACAAUCAUUGAAAAAGAGAUAUGAUGACGGCGACCUGUAUGGUAAAUUAGCCUCUAAAAUGCUUCAGAUAUUUGACCCAACUCCUGUAUUAGGUGAUGAGUCUUAUAUAAUCAUAAAAGCAUUUAAAGAAACUAAAAGCUGCACUGAAAAAGUAAAAAAUCAUAUAAAAUCAAGAAAUACAUCAGGAGGAGAUAUAUAAGGAUCCCCCCCCCUCAUUUGUCCAAUUUUCUAGUCUUUUAUCAUUUGCCCAUUUUUCUAGUUUUUUUUUUAUAGGAAAAAAAAAUUUUUUUAGGACCUCAUUUGUCCAAUUUUCUAGUCAAAUUUUUUUUUCAGGGCCUCAAUUGUCUCAUUUUCUAGUUUUUUUACAGUAAAAAACUAAAAUUUAGGACAUUCGAAAAAUCCAAAAAUGACUAGAAAAUGGGACAAAUCAUUUUUGACUAGAUUUUGGGACAAAUGAGGUCUUGAAAAAAAAAAAUUUUCUCAGAAAAAAAAACUAGAAAAUUGGACAAAUGAGGGGAGGGAUUCUUACUUUGCAGAUGGAAUUAAUUAUGUCCAUGAUCUAUUUAAAGAUGACCAAGAGACUGGGAGACUUGUAAUUUCUUUAUUAAAUCCAAAUAAUUUGGUAUCAACAGAUUCAACAGCAUUCAAAAUAAUGCAUUAUCUGUAUAGAGCAAGCAAAACACCUGAAGAGCUCUUCAAUGAAAUCAAAAGUGGCCCAGAACUAACAGAAUCCGACUUCCUCAAGCUUGAAAGCUCUGGAUUCUCAUGGAUCCCUGCCAAAGAACUAUUAAACUUAUUUACCUCCCUCCAGCCUAUAUCUCAAGAGAAAUUUUCACAGGUUUUCAGUCCUCAGACUUAUGAUAGUUUAUCAGAACUAGAAAAUGAGGCAACCUUAAUAGCAAGGCCUCAGUUAUUACUAGCAAUUCUUGAAGCUUUAGCAGAAACCCGCAUAAAUGAUAUUGCGUGGUGUCUUUCUCUGACUAAAAACCAAAAAGCUAUUAAAUUGCCAGAAUUUAAAGAGCUUAUAAAUGGAUUUUCCCCAGAAUUAACUGAAGGGCAGAUCGCUGGGAUGUAUGAUAUAGCCGUAAUGUGGAGCAGUGACCCAGAAAAUGGUGUCACUCCAGAUUCCAUAUAUAAAAUAUUGAAAAAAUAUCAAUUGGGAAGGCUAAGCAAGCGCACUAUUGGAAUCCGAAUUAUUAUCAAAGAAAAAGUGAUAAGGACAAUAGAAUUCGAAGAAAUUAAAGAGUCAAGAUCAGUGGAAAUAGAAGAAACUAAAGACUUAUCAGAAGGAGAUAUUAGCCCUUCAAAAUCUCUAGAAGCCACAACUCCUCAAGGAAGAAGAAUUAGGACUGAACUAAAGAAAACAGUCAGAGAAAAUGUCAUAGAAAAGACUAUUGAAUCAAGCACAAUUGAGCAUGAAGAAGAAGAGGUCAAGAAAACUGUGAAAAGAAGAAUUGUGAAAAAGAAAACAGCAAAAUAA